AUGCUCCUCGUGUGGCGAUCUGCACGUGUGCGGUACUUUCUGCUGGUUGUCGACGACUACUCGCGUUACACCACGGUCUUCCCCUUGCGCACCAAGGGUGAGGUCCCUGCUGUCCUGAUCCCUUGGAUCCGAGCAGUUUGUCUCCAGCUCCGCCGGAGGUUCCGUACGGACCUUCCUGUCCUGCGUCUGCACUCUGACAGAGGUGGUGAGUUCACCUCCGACCUCUUGCGGGCCUUCUGUCAGGGGGAGGGCAUCGAGCAGUCGUUCACGCUUCCGGGCUCACCGCAGCAAAAUGGGGUUGCUGAGCGCCGCAUUGGCUUGACCUUGCCCACACUGCGUUGGACGGGAGAGGUUGGCGAUGCGUCGCGGUUCCGGGUCUGGGGUGCUCGUGCCCUUGUCCGCGAUACGUCCGCGGACAAGCUCUCCUCCUGCACCAUUCUCUGUGUCUUCCUUGGCUUUGUCCCUGACGCGCAUGGCUGGCAGUUUUACCACCCCACCUCGCGCCGUGUCUUCCCCUCUCAGGACGUCACCUUUGACGAGUCGGUUCCUUUCUACCGUCUCUUCCCCUACCGCACUGCCCCUCUCCCUCCCCCGCCGCUUUUCCUCGCUCCAGGUCCCCCUCCGGUAGACCCCCUCCCCCCUCAGGGUCCUGCUCCUUCAGCCGCACACCACGCUUGGAGACCCCUCCGGGUUUCCCGCCGCGACCGUCUCCAGCCGCCUCUGCAGCCGGUUUCUGACGACUCUGGUGCUACUGGGGGUGGUGCUACUAGGGGUGCUGCGUCUGGGGGUGCUGAGCCUGUGCGUGAGGUGCUGGGGGGUGUGGAGCCUGGGGGUGCUGAGCCUACGAGUGCGGAGCCUGAGGGUGCUGAGCUGGAGGGUGCCGGGUCGGGGGGUGCUGAGUCAGCUGGCGUUCCUCCGGGUCUCGUUUCCCAGCGGGGACCUCUCUCACCACAGCAGCUACGAGAGUGGCUUGCGUGGCGUACCCGCCUGAGGAGUCGUGUUGCUGGAGCUGGAGGUCCUGCUGCUGGAGGUACUGCUGCUCGAGGUGCUGAGGCUGGAGCUGCUCGUCGUGGAGGCGCUGGGAGUGCUGGUGUUUCUGGUUCUGGAGGUGCUCGUACUGGAGGUACUGGAGCUUGCAGGACUUGUGGUGCUGCUGGAGCUGGAGGUGCUAGUUCUGGGGGUAUUGCUAUUGGUGGUGUUGGUGUUCUAGGCAGUGGAGCUGUCGACAAUGGUGCUGGAGGUGCUGGCUUUGGAGGUCCUUGCCCAGGGGGUUCCGAGUCUGCUGGUGCUGAGCCUAGGGGUGCUGAGUCUGCUGGAGGUCCUCCAGGUGCCGCGUCGCAGCGGUCACCUCUCUCGCCGCAGCAGCUGCGCGAGUGGCUUGCUUCGCGCACCCGCCUUCGGAGUCGCGCUGCUGGAGCUGGAGACGCUGCUGCUGGAGGUGCCGGAGCUGGAGGCACUGGAGCUGGAGGCACUGGAGCUGGAGGCCCUGGAGCUGGUGCUGUCGACCCUGGAGUUGGAGACCCUGGAGCUGGAGGUGCCGGUUCUGGGGGUGCUGCUGCUGGAGGUACUGGGGCUGGAGACCCUGGAGCUGGAGGUGCCGGUUCUGGGGGUAUUGUUGCUGGAGGUGCUGGGGCUGGAGGCCCUGGAGCUAGUGCUGUCGACCCUGGAGUUGGAGACCCUGGAGCUGGAGGUGCUGGUUCUGGGGGUGCUGCUAGUGGGGGUACUAGGACUGCAGACCCCGGAGCUGGAGGUGCCGGUUCUGGGGGUGCUGCUGCUGGAGGUACUGGGGCUGAGGACCCUGAAGCUGGAGGAGGCGCUGGAGCUGGAGCUGGAGCUACUGGAGGCGCUGCAGCUACUGGUGCUAGUGGCACUGCACAGCCGCGGCUGUUAAUCGCUCCACCGUCCCCGUCGUCUCUGCCACCGCCCGACUCCGUGCUUCGCCAGGUUCUUAGCCUCCCGUUACAGCCAGGCUCCCCACUACCUGCUCCUUCUCCUUACACUGAGCAGACAGACUUGCUCACAGAGCAUCGUGAGCUUGCGUCUCGUCCUGCCUCGCCUGUUCGCGCUCGUCGCACUGUUCCUCGUGUUCCUCGUGAGCGUCCUCCUCCUGUUCCCGGCACGCACACUAUGGCACUUCGUCCUUCCUCUGUUCCACAGCGUGUUCCCCUGCCGUCUCCUCCUGAGUCCUCUCUUCCGCACGUUUUGGACCCUGAGUCUGACCUGGUUCGUGCUGCUCACCCUACUGUCACGCGUCUGUUAGCCACUGUUUUCACUGACUCUUCGUUUGAGUCUGCUGCUGCGUCUGCCUUAGUUGCUGAGCUUAUUGACUUAUCUGCUGCUUGUCGUCUCAACUACGCCUCUAGUCUUGUUGCUGCGUCUGAGUCUGUCUGUCCUCCGUCCGUCGAGGGUGAGUGUGCUCUUGGCACGGACGUCUUUGAGGACAGGCAGGAGGACUUUGAGUGUCUUGCAGCCGCUGCACCUCAUCUCGUGGCCAUGCUGCUUGCCCCUAAGGGAGACCCGGAUGCACUAGACAUCCCGACCCCGCGCUCUCACAUAGAGGCGAUUUCGGGUCCCUACUCCUCUCAGUGGCAGACAACCAUGGACGCAGAGAUGACAUCCUGGAAGUCCACAGGCACUUACGUCAAUGAGGUUCCCCCUCCUUGGGCGAACAUAGUCGAUGGCAUGUGGAUUUUCAGGGAGCUGCUGCAUGUUGCUGCUCAGCGUGACUACGAGCUUCACUCUCUGGACUUCAGCACAGCGUUCUUACAAGGCAGUAUGCACGAGGAGAUCUGGCUGCGCCGCCCACCUGGCUUCACUGGGCCGUUCCCUCCUGGUACCCAGUGGAGCCUUCGCCGGCCAGUCUACGGUCUCCGUCAGGCGCCUCGUGAGUGGCACGACACACUAAGGACGACACUUGCGGCUCUUGGGUUUGCCCCUUCCACUGCUGACCCGUCGCUGUUUCUACGCACCGACACCUCGCUGCCGCCGUUCUACAUCCUCGUGUACGUCGACGACUUGGUCUUUGCCACGGCUGACACUGCGGCACUCGCCCUUGUGAAGUCGGAGCUGCAGAAGAGACACACGUGCACAGACCUGGGUGAACUGCGCAGCUACCUUGGCUUGCAGAUCACCCGGGACAGAGCAUGCCGCACCAUCACACUGACUCAGUCACACAUGGUGCAGCAGGUCCUUCAGCGCUUCGGCUUCACUUGGUCCUCGCCACAGUCCACUCCUCUGGCUACCGGUCACUCGCUCUCAGCUCCACCUUCAGACGAGUCCGUAGAGCCGAGUUGCUUGUAUCAAGAGCUAGUGGGCUGCCUCGCGUAG